AUGUUACAAGCUUUAACUGGAGUCCAAUUUCAGAUGAGAGAACAAUUAGGAGAAAAGGAGAGGAACCUUCAACACAGCCAGGGAGCCAGGGUCCAGCGGACUCAAUUCCACAUGCAAUUUUCCUACACACCAAUGUGUCAUAGACUUUUUCAAGUAAGACCAGAAAUUUCUUCAAGUCAACUACCAUCCUUUUCCAAGGUCCCAGCACACCUAGAAAAUCCUGGGAGGACUCAGCUACAGAAAGCUCAAAGACAACAAGCGAAACCCUUCAUGACCCUUGACCAUCAGAUCCUCAACCAGACUCUGAAACGGUCACACCCUCCAGCUGCAAGUGGGUCUCUUCCAGUGAGGCAUGGACACGUGUCUCCGGACAGUGACGCAGGCCUCACAGGGCGUCCGCUCACCAAGCUGCUAACUCUUGGGGAAGAAGAUGACAAUGUGGAGUGGCAUAUGGAAGACGUUAUUGAGAAUAUAAUCGGUAUGGAAUCAAGUUUUAAAGAGGAAGGAACAGACUCUCCUAUGCUAAUUCAAAGAACACAUGAGGAUGCUAUUUUCUUAACCAUUAUUCAACUUCUGGAUUUGAGGAAAUUAAUUGUCCUUGUUUGUUUGAAAUUGCAGGAACUAGAAAUACAGGCUCGUGCACAUGGUCUGCCAACUCUGGCUUCUCUUGGCACAAUGGACUUAGGUGCUCAGGUCACCAAACAGCAGACUCAUCCUGAGCAGAAUUCAGUAGACUAUUGCCAGCAGCUGACUCUAUCUCAGGGACCAAGCCCUGAACUCUGUGAUCAAGCUAUGGCCUUCUCUGAUCCUUUGUCGCACUUCACUGAUUUAUCAUUUAGUGCCGCUUUGAAAGAGGAACAAAGAUUGGAUGUCAUGUUACUGGAUGACACAAUAUCUCCAUUUGGAACAGAUCCUCUGCUAUCUGCCACUUCCCCUACAGCUUCUAAAGAGAGCAGUAGAAGAAGUAGUUUUAGCUCAGAUGAUGGUGAUGAGUUAUAAAAUAAUAAACUGACUCAAGUCAUCAACUGGGAAGCAAUUCUACGCUGGUGCUAUGCAAUCAUGUUCUGCAUUUGCUAUACAUCUUUGGCUUAUUUUUUCUGAAAGGAAUAUGUUGUUCAUGAAAAAUGGAUUCAUUAGAAGCAACAGAGGAAUUUACAGGAAGAAGAAGCAUGAUGUUGAAGAAGUAUUGAGAGCUAACAAAGAUUUUUUCCUCUGACUACAGAGUCUAGAUUUACCUAAUGUUUGUCUUUCUAGAAAGAGUAGAGUAUGAGAAAUAGCUCUCUUCCAGUAUUUUAAAAGUGGAAACUUGGUGAUGUACUAUUGCAACCAACAGACUGCAAAGAGUAAAUCUGCUGAAGUGUACAACCCUUCUCUUAGCUGUUCACUUCCAUCUUCUUCACUGUUCAACUCUUACAAGAUCAGUUUUCCAGGAAUCAAGAUCAACUGAUCUGUUGAUUCAUUAUCUCUCUCCACUGUCUGGCAGUCAUGUUGUCUAAAGUUCAAGCCUGAUAGGGGAAAUAAUUGUAAAGUAGAUGCUCUGUCACUUGUAAUUGAAAGUUGAAUACAAUAGACAUUAGAGUUUUACAUAAUGAGCUACAGAUAUUUUAUAAAAACAUUGGUUACUAAAAUUAGAUCCUAAUUCCUUUAGUCAGUUCAAUUACAGUAAUCCUAAAAGCCCCCUUGCAUAUUUGUGGAGACAUGCGCUAUUCAGAAAAAGGAACUCAUUGAAUGUUUUCCUCCUGACAACCAUGUUUGUAAGAAUAUGGACUAAAAUUUUAUUGCUUCACAUACACAUGCAUCAAUGCAGGUAGUAUGA